CAUGCGUGGAGGAUAUGCGCUUUGCUGCAAAGUCUUCCUUUACUCCACACACGCUUCUAAGCCUCGCUACUAACUACACUUUAUUCAUCCUCCGUGUCAGGAUAAACUCCACUCGUCUCAGUCAACUUUGGACAUUAUUAGGCCCGCUUAGCUUGCUACUUGUUUUAGCGCGUUAGUUAGCUUAGCUUGCUACUUGUUUUUGCGCGCUAGUUGGUUUAGCGUGCUAGUUAGCUUAGCUUGUUAGCUGCUAACAAAGAGACGCGGAUUUGAUCAACACAUCGCUUAGUUAAGAUCAAGUGUGAGUGUAAAGUGUUGUGAUUGUGUGAAAAUGUGUGAAAGAACGAUAGCAGAGUACAAAGAGGAACUUUCUCGGACAAAGGAAGAACGUCAACUACUGGACGCUGUUUUCAAGAAACCUCAAGUUGUGUUACACAGAACAGAAGUCCAGCAGCCCCCCCACAUGAAAGAGGAAGAGGAUGAUCCACAGCCCACCCACAUGAAAGAGGAAGAGGGGGAUCCACAGCCCACCCACAUGAAAGAGGAAGAUGAUGAGCCACAGCCUACCCACAUGAAAGAGGAAGAGGGAGAUCCACAGCCCCGCCACAUGAAAGAGGAAGAGGAUGAUCCACAGCCCCCCCACAUGAAAGAGGAAGAGGGGGAUCCACAGCCCCCCCACAUGAAAGAGGAAGAGGAGGAUCCACACAUGAAAGAGGAAGAGGAGGGAGAGUGUCCUGUAGGGCAGGAGGAGGAUGAUGUCAGCAAGUUUCCACUGACUGUUGUCUCUGUGAAGACUGAAGAGCAUGAAGACAAAGCACCUGAGUCCUCACAGCUUCAUCACAGUCCAAGUAAGCACAUAUCAUUUUAUUCUCAGGGCAUUCAAUCCAUCACAACUGGACUGUUCACUUUGUCUUAGAAGACUCAUCCAAGUAGGCUUCAUCACUU